AUGAUCACGCCCACCAUGAUCACUGUUGAAUCCCUUCCCCAACUUCUGGCCGAUGACAUCAAGGUCAAAGUCGCCGGCAUUGACAGCGAUGGUGUCCUGCGUGGCAAAGUGAUGGCAAAGGAGAAGUUCCUUGGGAUUGCAGAAAAAGGAUUCGGCUUUAGCUCUGCUCUCUUUGGUUGGGAUAUGCAUGAUAUGCUAUGGACAACCGACGCGCGGGUCGCACCUCCAGAGGCAGGUUAUGCUGAUUUCCUGGCUGUUCCGGACCUUAACUCUUUCCGCCGUCUGCCUUGGGAAGAAAACAUUCCUUUCUUUUUAGUACGAUUCCUUGAUGAUACAACUCCAGUCUCUGCAGAUGGAAGAAGUCUAUUAAGGAGUCUGUGCGAUGAGCUUGCCGGCAAAGGAAUUCAUGCUUUAUCUGGAGUUGAACUUGAAUUUAUGAACUUCCAAACCCCCUCCGAGGACGGAUAUGGAAGUGCAGGCUCCCAACAUCCUAACCUCGCUACCUUCCUGGAGAAGAAUUCGCCCGGUGCCCUCCGACCAAUUACUGCUGGCAUGUUCUGCUAUAGCUCAACACGGCCAGUUGCCAACAAGAAAUACUUCUACGAUAUUUUCAACACUGCUGCUCAGAUCAAUUGUGGGAUUGAAGGCUGGCACACUGAGGGCGGGCCCGGUGUGUAUGAAGCAGCCUUGAAGGUUUGCGAGAUCAGUGAAAUGGCAGACAAAGUCGCAAUGUUCAAGCUUCUCACCAAAUCUUUGGGAAUGGACCACGGCGUCACCCCGUGCUUCAUGGCCAAGCCUAUGCAGGGCAUGCCAGGAAGCUCCGGACACGUUCACAUUUCCCUUGCUGACAAGAGCGGCAAGAACCUGUUCGCAAGAGACACACCAGAGGAAAACCCCCAGUGGUCGGACAUUGCACACCUCUCCGAUACUGGACGGCACUUCCUUGCUGGACUUCUAGAAGCUCUUCCGGAUAUCAUGCCCAUGUUUGCGCCAACUGUUAACUCAUACAAGCGCCUUGUCGAGAACUACUGGGCGCCAGUACACAUUAGCUGGGGACUUGAGGACCGGAUUGCCUCAAUUCGUCUGAUCACACCGCCAGUAUGCAAGCCUGGUGCCACGCGAUUUGAGGUCCGUAUCCCUGGAGCUGACCUCCACCCUCAUUAUGCUUUGAGUGUCAUCCUUGCAGCUGGCUGGAGGGGUGUACAGAAGAAGCUUGAAAUCACAGUUCCCCCAAUGUCAACACGCAAAGCAGGUGAACGCCCAGAGCUGCUUCCUAAUACCUUGGACAAGGCUUUGGAUCGGUUCUCUGCUCCGAAUAGCAUUGCGAGGGAGCUUUUGAGUGGAGAGUUCGUGGACUUCUUCACUGCGACGAGACAACAUGAGCUGGGUCUUUGGAGAGAGGCAGUGACCGAUUGGGAGGUCAAGCGGUACAUUGAAAUUGUGUAA